AUGGGUUUUAUAACACGAUUUCAAUGGCAAGUCACGUACGCUACUGUAGCAGUCUCACAAGUUUUUUUUCUGUUUCUGAAACCAGAAUCCAAUAACUUUAUUAAAUUCUGUACCAACACUUUGGAGGAAACACCAUCAUAUCAUGAUGGCGUUCGUGUAGAGAUUCGUGUUUCCUUGCAAUCUCUGCUUCGCCAUCGACAAGAGAUGCAGCAAAUCUUAAGGAGCUGGGUGCAGACACAAGGCGCGAUUUGCUGGAUCAAGUCAUCAUUGGUGUAUUCUGUAUGGCGUGGCCUUUUUGAAGGAUGGACAUGGGCAAUGGCCAAUAUGGAGCCUCAAUCUCAGCGAGAUCGUCAAUCUUUUGCUCGUCGUGGGACAACUGCAUGCCUUCUUGCAAGCCAUGUUUCUGGUUGGUUUUCUCGCCCUGAUACAAACCAUGAUGGCUGGCGCCAGGCAUAUGCAAUCUUGCAUAGAAAUCGGGCUCCAAAUUCAACAUUCUUACUCAAUCGCAAGGUGUUCGCAUUGACAGCUUUCAACAAGCUGUCUACUCGCUUUAUCUUGGAGAAUGCUCAUAUGGCAACAUUGUUGCCAUACUCAUUCCUUGAGAUUGAGCAGUACAUUGGUACCCCACAACUACACAACCAUCGAUCACAUGUUCCAAGGAUGCGAGCUAUCGAUACUCAACUGGCAAUUGCUGCACCUACAGUUCAAUUAACAAAAUUAUCGCAACAGGACCAGGAGGUUGCAAACCUCAUGAUGGCUGAUGUAGUAUCAUGGGAGGAAACACAAACUCCAAUGAUUGAGCAUGCAGACCUUCGUAAUCAAUUAUACAAGUUCUUUUCAUCGCCAGUGCAUGAUUACGCUAAAAGCAUCAUCCAUGCUUAUUUGCAGGGCUCUCUGCUUAUGGCUACAGGCAUUCUUCGCCCACCUCUAGAUCGCAGAUUUCAGACCACAAUUGCCAACAGGUUCCGUAUUCAUACUUUGUGUUCAGAGGAAGCAUUACGACAAACCUUACCAGACCAACUUUUUCAUAUUGGCAAAGCAAGGGGUUCCAGAUCAGUAAAAGAAUACCUUGCCAAGAAUGUCUUUCUCCCAGUGGACACCAUCAGGGCCCAACGCUCGCAUUUAGGAAUGGUGAACCAGGGCCAAAACUACAAUCAUCUGCGUGCAUCAAGGACUGCUUAUAUUAUCACUGUUCGAGCCUUGGUGGCAGUUGGAAGAAUUGAUGAAGCAAGAACUUUGCAUGACUUAAUUAUGGCUUAUAUAACUCCUAUGAAGUUGACCUUUAUGCAAGACAAAGAGAAGGCUGUUUCCAAGAAACCAGGCAAUCCUGACAUGAUCAAGUUUGUCUAUUUUUAG